GUUAUUUUGGUCAGUUCUGCGAGAAUCAAACCGAGAAUUUAUGCAACAUGGUCGACUGUUUCAACAACGCCACGUGUCUCGGCAACAGCAGCCAUUUUUCUUGUCUGUGUCCUUCCGGUCUGACUGGCACGCACUGCGAGGUGGACAUCAACGAGUGCGAGCCGUCGCCCUGUGUACACGGCCAGUGUGUUGACCAGAGGAACGGCUACCUGUGUCUGUGUGAGCCAGGUUACCAUGGAGACAACUGUACAGAAAUGCACCAGGAAUGUUCAUUGAACCCGUGUAAAAACAACGGUUACUGCCAGGAGAUGGAGGGGACGCAUUUUGACUUCACGUGCCACUGUCAGCCUGGGUGGGCAGGCAGGGAUUGUUCUACUAAGGUACCUGCUUGUGUUCCCAACACCUGCAUUCAUGGAACAUGUCUGGAGGGGAUCAACAACUUUACCUGCACUUGUGACCAAGGUUACACAGGUAGCAGAUGUGAGGUGAAUAUUAAUGACUGUAACCCUAACCCAUGCAGGUUUGGUGGCCACUGUAAGGAUGGUGUCAACGCACAUACGUGUUUAUGUAUCCAUUCACAUGCUGGCUCCAACUGCCAGUUUACACUUGAUCUGUUUUCUCCAAUCCUCGAAGACGUGGACAUAGCAGGGGGGAUAAUUCACAACCCCCAGCACACGCGCAACCUGUACAUUGUGGCAGGAACCCUGACAGCCGCUGUGGUUGUCAUGAUCCUGAUCCUGAUUGGUUGCUACUGCCGCAUCAGUCAGGCCUACCUGUCAUGUUGUGGAAUAUCCAGGCUGUUUUGGUACAAGAAAUACAGAGAAGAUUUGACCAUCAAUGUGGAUGUCACCAGUGCCUCAGACUGUCCACUGGCAGUAGACUCCUACUGGAAACAGAUAGACUGUGAAACAGAGGCUCUACACUCCAGUUCCUCUAGGAACUCAUUCCAGAACCACACUGUGUGAGCACUUCAUCACAUGCUUUAUUUACACAUCACGCUCAAUUUUUUUUUUUAAAAGCUGGAUCACUUGUACGCCAUAUUUAAAUUAAUUUUUAGCUGAACAAACAAAACUAUUUUUUUUUAAAUUGCAAGGGUGUUUAUACAGAAAUUUUAUCACAAUGUUAAGAAUGCUGAUUUUAAAAAUACGAACAAUGAAAUUUUUUAUUUUAUUCAAAACAAGUGCUCAUACUGAUGAUUCUUUUUAAUUGCAAAUAAUUUCUAUCAACUGGGUUGUACUUCAUUAAUUACUCUUGCCUUUUAAAUUUUUUCCUGAUAUGUUGUUAGUGAUAGUAAUAAGUAAUCAAAAAAUGUCUUUGUUUAUGGUUUCUACACUGUUUUCUUUACAUUUUUAACGUCUUCAUUACAACACUAGUGUUGCAGUGUAUUAAAAUAAAUGAUGUGAAUAUUAAUCUUGUUUAAAAUAAUAUUGUUUGUAUAAACACCUAUUUCUAUGAUAGUUGUCUACCCAUGUAGAUACAUGACACUGUACAUAUUUAUAAAUAUAAAUCUUUCAUUACUGCAUUUUAAUUACUUUGCAAUAGUCAGCCAUAAAAAAUGUAUGAUUGCAAAUUUCUGUCAAUUAAAAUUCUGUAUGAUGUGUGAUCCAACGUAUCAUUAUGUCAGUUAAGUAAAUAAAAGUUGACACCUCGAUAUUAACUGUGUGGCCUAAGCGGUAGAGUGCUAGGUUGCUAACCUGAAGUCUCGAGUUUGAAUCCUGGUUCAAGUUAGAGGAACGUCCUUGAGUCUACUAAGCUCUGAUAGGUACAUAACUCACAUUAGGGAAAGCAAAGGGCGGCUGGGCAAAGUGCUGACCACACCAUCCCUUUAUAUGCCAAGGUCAAGAAUCAUAUAAAGAACCAUCUACCCAAAAGAUUGCCAGGUCUAAACAGGUUUCUUAAUCCCAUACUAGCCGUAAACUGUUGAGAGGUUGGUUCUUAUGUACAUUUCAACUUACCAACCUGAAGGCUGGUGAUUUAAAAAGUCCUUCAGAGCCUUGGAUGUUAGGAGUUGACUUUCACCAAACCAUCCUAGAUUAAAGAAAAAUGUUUUUUUAAACACCAGCUCGACAAUAAGAUAAUUAUUUUAAAAAUCUCGUCUGAUUAUUGCUGCGAGUUCCCUAAUCACAUUAGGUUGAAGAAAAAUGUUUUUAAAAUACUAAGGGGAAGAAUAAUUUUAAAAAUAUCUAGUCUGUAUGAUACGCUCUAGACAUUAAAUAAGAUUAUUGCUGUGAUUUUUUUGUAUCAUGUCAACCUCUGUUAACACAUGUUUCAAUAAAGUAAUAAUUCUAACAAAGAUACUUCAAU